AUGGAACUAAUAAGUUUCAUACUGAGCUACUUCAUCACCAAGGACCUGUCUAUGAUGACUGCUUUCAUCUGCUGGCCCUCUGAGCAAGCACUAGAGCUGCAGCGCAGCGCACGUGUGGCGGGUGUGAGACUCACCGUGGUCUCCGAGCUGAGGCACUCCGCUCCCAUGACGACGUCUGGCUAUUUCAGGGAGGCCAUGCUGCUGGACCUCAACUGUCCCGAUACUCAUUUUGUUCUUGAAAAGGCCUCCAGGUCUCGUGUGCUGAACAAGCGUCACUCAUGGCUACUACUCCACAACUCAUCAGCCGAGCCAGCGCUCGUGGAGGAGACUUUGUAUGCGUACGAGAUUCUACCCGACGCAGACGUAGUAUGGUCCUCCCCGAACAGUCUGGUGGAUGUUUAUAAGACGAAGCCGAAUCAACCGCUGCUGCAGGUCCAGCUGGGGCUCAGCAGGAACAGUUCCCACCAAGAGCUGUUAUCGCUAUGGGGCGCACUGCCCACUGCUGUGACUCGCAGGAGAGAUCUCAGGAAUGUCUCGCUCAAGGGCAUUUCUGUAGUGACAGAACCUGAUAAUUUCAAGGGCUGGGCAGACUUGCGCAACCGGCAGAUCGAUACCUUCCCUAAGUUCACCUAUCCGCUCAUGAUGCUACUUGCGCAGGACUUACACUUUCGGUUCGACCUGCGGCAGGUGGACUUCUAUGGGGUGUCGCACAACGGGUCAUUCGACGGGCUGGUGGGCCACCUGCAGCGGCGGGAGGCGGAGGUGGGGCUCGCCUCGCUGUUUAUGCGGCACGACCGCAUGCAAGUCGCUGACUUCUUCUCCGAGACCUGUGUGCUCGCGUGCGCGUUUAUCUUCCGGCAACCGUCCCGGUCGGCCGUGUCGAACGUGUUCCUGGCGCCGUUCAGUGCCGGCGUGUGGGGCGCCAGCGCCUGCGUGGCUGCGAGCGCCGCGCUGCUAUUGGUGGCGCUGCGUCGCCUGCGCCAGCACACGCGCGCCUCGACAGACCUGCAACUGUUCACGCUGCUCGAGGCGGUCACGUUUGCACUUGGUUCCAUGUGCCAGCAAGGGUUCCAUAGGACGCCACCGGUGACGUCAGUGCGAUUAGUGAUGUUCAGCACGCUGCUGACGUCACUGUUCGUGUUCACGGCGUACUCUGCCAAAAUCGUGGCCAUCCUGCAGACUCCCAGCACCGCGCUGCAGACUAUCGACGACCUGGUGCGCUCCCCCAUGACCAUCGGCGUCCAGGACACCACUUACAGGACGGUUUACUUUCUCGAGAGUCCGGAGAAGUCGACGCAGCAGCUGUAUCGGCAUAAGAUCCUGCCGCAGGGCGAGCGCGCAUACCACAGCGUCGUGGACGGCAUAGCGCGCGUGCGCACUGGGUUCUUCGCCUUCCAGGUGGAGAAGAGUUCUGGUUACGAUAUAAUAAAGCAGACGUUCACGGAGCGCGAGAAGUGCAGUCUCAGUGAGAUCGAGGCGUUCAAGCCGCCGCUGGUGGCCGUGCCCAUGAAGAAACAUUCCGGAUAUAGGGAAUUGUUCGCUAGCAGACUGCGUUGGCAGCGCGAGGUGGGGCUGAUGGACCGCGCGCGACACGUGUGGCUGGUGUCGCGGCCGCGGUGCGAGGCGGCCGGCACCGGCUUCGUCAGCAUCGGACUCAUCGACGUGCUGCCCGCGCUGCAGGUGUUGGCGCUGGGUGCGAUAAUGUCGGUGGUGCUGCUGGCGGGGGAGCGCGGCGCACACAUGCUGCAGCGACACACCGCGCACUCCACGCCGGCGGCCUACUGA